UGAAAAUGAGACGCCACAUCCACUGACACUGAAAAUAUACCGCGUUCAAGAAAAUAUAUUUGCAGUUUUUCAUACUAGAAGUUAAAAAAUAAUUUCACGUUCUUUUUAGAUAUUUAUAUCUUUGAUAUGGAGGACCUUGACAAAGAACAAAUCAACAUUUUGAAGAAAGCUUUUGAAGCAUUCGAUCAAGAAAAGAAGGGUUGCAUCGGUACGGUCAUGGUAGGCACAAUCCUCGGCAUGCUAGGGCACCAGGUAUCUGACGAAAGCCUUCAAGAAAUCAUCACUGAAGUAGAUGUUGAUGGGUCCGGUGAGUUGGAAUUCGAAGAAUUUGUGACAUUGGCGUCAAGGUUUAUGGUGGAAGAAGACGCGGAGGCAAUGCAACAGGAACUAAAAGAAGCAUUCCGUUUAUAUGAUAAAGAGGGUAACGGAUAUAUAACAACUGGAGUAUUAAGGGAAAUCCUAAGAGAAUUAGAUGACAAAAUCAGUGCGGAAGAAUUGGACAUGAUGAUUGAAGAAAUUGAUUCUGAUGGAUCAGGCACUGUCGAUUUUGAUGAAUUCAUGGAAGUGAUGACAGGUGGAGACGACUAAAUAAAAACAAAAAACGGUAAAAGGUUACAGUACAAAUUCGUGUAACUUUAAAAAUAAG